AAGUGGCGAGCGCGGCGAAAGAUGUUAACUCCUGUGUUCCAUUUUAAUAUAUUAAAUAAGUUUGUUGAUACCUUAAUCAAGGAGGGCGAUUGCAUGACAAAAUCUUUGAAAGAUGUCGGAGGGAUAGUUGUAGAAGAUUUAUUACCAUUUAUUAGUGAACAUACGCUAAAUGCGAUAUGCGAAACUGUCAUGGGUGCAUCUUUGCAAAAAUUUGACGAGUUGCAACAAAAGUAUCGAAAUGCGGUUCACGAUAUAACCGAAUUAUUUAUUUACAGUUUUAUUGAAUUUCGAUUUAGAGGAUUAAGGCCUUGGUUGUAUAAUGAUUUAUUAUUCUCAUUGUCACCACAAGGAAGAAAGCAAAAGAAAAUCUUGAAAAUAUUGCAUGGAUUUACGGAAAAAAUCAUCGCGGAAAGAAAACUUUAUCACGAACGCACCAAUGACCGAUACUUAAAAAACCUUGAAAGUAACAAAGAGACAGAAAAUUUCGAAGAGUUUGGAAUUAAAAAAAAUGGGCUAGCCAUGCUGGACCUUUUAAUAGCGGCAUCUCGAGAAAAUUCUCUAACUGAUAUGGAUAUCAGAGAAGAAGUUGACACUUUCGUAUUUGCAGGUCAUGAUACUACAGCGACGGGCAUAAUGUUUGCUUUACUUCUCUUAGCUGAGCAUAAAGAUAUCCAGGAGCGUGUGAGGGCUGAAGUCGAUACUGUGAUGCAAGAGAAUGGAGGGAAACUUAACACGAAGUCAUUACAAAAUUUAUCAUAUUUAGACAGAUGUUUAAAGGAAGCGCUACGUUUGUAUCCCAGCGUGUCUUGGAUAUUACGCAAGACUGGGGAUGCUGUAAAAUUACAAUCAUAUAUCGUACCUGCUGGAACGACCAUAGGUCUUCAUAUCUACGCAGUUCACAGAGAUCCCAAUUUUUGGCCAAAUCCAGAUGUAUUUGAUCCAGACAGAUUCUUACCCGAAAGGAUAAAGAAUCGUCAUCCUUAUUCUUAUAUACCAUUCAGCGCAGGACCGAGAAAUUGCAUAGGUCAACGUCUCGGUUUGCUGAUGAUGAAAGCUAUGAUAGCUCCUUUGAUAUAUAAUUUUUACUUGGAACCUGUUGAGUAUUUAAAAAAUAUUCGAUUAUUGCUUGAUUUAGUAAUGCAUCCUGCUCAUCCGGUUCAUAUAAGAUUCAUCCCGAUCAAAUGCAAACAGCCGUUUAAAAAUAACGUGGAUAUUGCAAGAGUGUAACAAGAUGAUGCAGUGGGAAAAAUCGAAGAAAAUUGUUAUGCAUAUUAUACGUUCAACAUUAUGAGGGGAAAAUAUUAUGUAAACAUUAAGUUUAAUUAUUAAAAUAUAUACAUAAAAAUCUUAUAAAUCAGAACUCUAUAUACCCAAAUUUAACGUAUGUAAGGAUCCUCUAUCAUGUGCAAUCACAAUAAAAACGUUUAUCCAUAAAAUAUAUGUGUGCAAAGCUAAUAAAACAGUUAUUUUUUUGCGUCUUAUUUAUAGAAUUAAAGAAAAUUUUAAUCGAUGCAAUCGACAUUUCCCACACGAGUUUUGCGCUGGAUGAAAAUGAAUAUCUUUUUCUCGAAAUAAUACACGCAUCAUAUAUUAAGGUGUUAAAAUUUAUAGAUAUCUAUUUCGAUGAUUAGAGGACGCCAUAGUGGAUCAUGAUUGCUGUUUUAAUUUUCAUCUUUAUUUGCUGUAACAAGUUUUCUUUCUUUGGAUUAAUGAAUUGUUUUCUAUUUUUU